CUGCGCGGCCACCCUGAACUGUCAGCUGUAGCAGGAGUCCUCUUUGCCGAGUACCAACCAGCUCGACAGAGACACCCGGAAGGCACGAAAGUCAAUUUGAGAGGGCAGCAUGAAUCGCUUUAAGACGUCCAAAUUCAAAAACACCACUCCGAAAAUUGCCAAGAAAGAUGAAUGGAUCAACAAUGUCCGAGGUGGUUCUUUCUCCUCCCAGGGGAACCACAUCAAAGCGAGCGCCAAGCUGGUGGCCUUCAAUACCGAGCAGGCUGGUGGAGGAAUGCUGGGCCUGUCCUCAGUCAAACCAGGUUCAGAUGGCCAAUGGACAGUCACUCAGAUCUCCUGCCAUUCUGAUCUGAUGACUGAUAUGGACUUUUCUCCUUUUGAUGAAAGUCUCCUGGCAACAUGCUCCGGAGAUGAAAUGGUGAAGCUGUGGCGUUUGUGUGAUCCAGAGCUGCAGCAGCCCAGCAGUCCCGAGCUAACCCUGCGUCCGGGUCAGGGCCGGCUGGAGCUGGUGCUUUUCCACCCCACCUCUUCCAGCUUGCUGGCGCUCGGCACCACCUUCCCCCUGAUUUGGGACACCAGCCGCCAGGAUGCACCACUAGCAGUUCUGGAGCAGCACAGUGACCAGCUGCAGAGUCUGAGCUGGAAACAGGACGGUUCCUUGCUGGCUUCCUCCUGCAAGGACAAGAUGCUGCGGGUGUUCGACCCCAGAGCCCAGCUGACACCUGUUCAGAGUGCCAAGAGCCUUCAGAGCAACAAGGAUUCAAGGAUCCUGUGGGCCAAAGACGACCUUUUACUCACCACCGGCUUUGAUAUGAUGCGUGGUCGGGAGGUGAGGCUCUGGGACAGCAGAAAGCUGAGCUCUUCGCUCAGCUCGGUGUCACUCGGAACUUCAAACAGGAUGCUGAUCCCUCUGUUUGAUGAUGACACUGGUCUGCUCACACUGGCUGGCAUGGGAGACACUGUGGUUGACUGCUUUGAAGUGUCUGCCUCUGAGCCUUUCCUUUCACAAGUGAGCCACUGCCUGACGGACACCUCAACAAGAGGAGUUGCCAUGGUUCCCAAACUGGCAUUGGAUAUCACGUCCUGCGAAGUGAUGCGUUUGCUUCAGCUGACAGACAGCUGCAUUGUGCCAAUCAGCUAUCAAGUCCCUCGCAAGAAUUCAGGCCAGGAGUUUCAUGAAGAUCUUUACCCAGAUACAGCGGGCACGACUCCGGCCAUGUCUGCCGAGGAGUGGUGGCAGGGAGGGAACAAGCAGGUGGAGAAAAUCAGCCUCCACCCAGACAAAAGGCCCAAAGCAAAGGCACCACCUGCAAAACAGACGCCUGCAAAAAAGGAGCAGGCCAGUGGGGGGAGCAAGGAGGAUCCAGCACGUGGCUGCUCCACCUCCAGCAGUCCUCUGAGCACUCCGAGCAGCAGCGCUGCCCCGUCCCGCUCUCCUUCCUCCACCUCCGGCCUCUCAUCUGGCUUCCUCCCGAGCCCCAGUCCCAGCCAGAGCGCCAAAACCAUCCAGAGCCUGCUGGGUCCAACCUCCAAGUUCCGUCACAUCCAGGGUGCAGUGAUGCACCGGGACACGCACAUCACCAAUCUGCGUGGCCUCAACCUGACCACACCAGGCGAGUCUGACGGCUUCUGUGUCAACCCCCAGCGUGUUGCAGUGCCUCUCGCUAUCUCCGGGGGCCAGAUGGCUAUCUUUGAGCGCUCUCAGCCUGGCAGACUGCCAGACACAGCCCUGCCCACCAUCCAGAACUCUGUAAAUGUGGUCGACUUCUCCUGGGACCCCUUUGACACACACAGGCUUGCUGUGGCUGGUGAUGAUGCAAAGAUCCGGGUGUGGCAAGUACCAGAGGGAGGGCUGAAAGAGACCCUGACUGAGCCUGAGCUGAUCUUGCAAGGCCACACUGAGAAGAUUUACUCCAUCAGGUUCCACCCUUUGGCCAGCGGACUCCUGGUGUCUUCAUCCUACGAUCUCACUGUCAGACUGUGGAACCUGGAGACUGGAGAGCAGGUCAAACUCCUCACUGGACACCAGGACCAGGUCUUUUGCAUGGCAUGGAGCCCUGAUGGCAAGCUCCUGGCCACAGUGUGCAAAGAUGGCAAAGUUCGCAUCUAUGACCCCCGCAAGUCCACUGCACCAGUGCAGGAAGGCCCAGGUCCUGAGGGCCACAGGGGAGCUCGUGUGGUGUGGGUGUGUGAGGGCAAGUACCUGUUGGUUUCAGGAUUUGACAGUCGCAGUGAGAGAGGACUCUACAUGUACUCAGUUGACUGCCUGUUCUCUGGAGCCAGAGCCAGCAAUCUUGUAGACGUCUCUCCCUCUACACUCAUCCCUUUUUAUGACCCCGACACCAGCGUGGUCAUCCUUACUGGAAAAGGUGAUACCAGAGUGCACAUUUAUGAGAUUGUCCCUGAAGAUCCCUAUUUUAUUGAGUGCAGCAGUUUUAACUCUCCUGAGCCGCAUAAGGGCUUGGCCUUUCUGCCCAAGACAGAGUGCAACGUGCGUGAUGUGGAGAUAGCUGUAGGACUGAUGCUCACCAAGACAAGCAUAGAGCCAGUGGCCUUCAGAGUGCCACGGGUCAAGAAAGAGUUUUUCCAGGACGACGUGUACGUAGACACAGCGGUCCAUUGGGAACCGGCACUGACUGCCUCUGCUUGGCUGUCUGGCUCCAAUGGCCAACACAAAAAGAUCAGCCUAAAGCCUAAAGACAUGACGCCAGUGAGUGAGGCCCCCAAAGAGGCUCCAGUUAGGAAAUACCUGCCCUCAUCUGUUUACCUGGAGGAGAAGACCGAUGAACAGAAGAAAGAUGAGCUGCUUAGUGCCAUGGUAGCUAAGUUGGGGAACAUGGACGACCCGCUGCCACAGGAGUCCUUCGAGGGGGUCGACGAGGAGGAAUGGGCUAAGUAUCUGGCACAGAUCAUAGUGAUGGGAGCGCAGGUGGUGGGACGUGCCUUUGCUCGUGCUUUAAAGCAAGAAUAUGCAGCCAGUCAAGCAGCAGCACAGGCCAGGGGCCGUACAGGUCAGCAGUCUGCUGCAGCCUCUAGCAUCACCGGGAUGAGCCUGCAAGAGGCGCAGCAAAUCCUCAAUGUCUCCACACUCACCCCUGAGGAGAUUCAGAAGAACUAUGAGCACCUUUUUAAAGUCAAUGACAAGUCAGUGGGUGGUUCAUUUUAUCUACAAUCAAAAGUGGUGCGGGCUAAAGAGCGUCUAGACGAGGAACUAAGCAUUCAGACACAAAAGACGACGCCACAGCAGAAUACGGAAACAUGAAGUAUAAAAAGAUGCUCGCCCUGUCUUUCCUCUCCCCAUCCUCUGUAAAUUAUAACCCAAUAAAAGCCUUCUCUUUUUCUUUA